UCCCCUGUGAGGGAGGGGCAAGACCCAGAAGGCGAAGGAGAGCCGCAUGGGGACGACGAGGGAGGGCCUUGGUGAAGAUGUCUGCAAGAGCUCUGCUUCGCAGGAGGAGAGAGCGAUCGAGGAGGAGCGGGUGGAGCGCCAGGAAAUGAGGCCGCUCCCGAGGGAGAAACCAUACCCCUCGGAGAACGCGCUUGGCCGCUUGCCAGUGCUCGGGAGUGUGUUUGCCAGCGCCGACAAAGCGCGCCAGGACACUGAUAGGGUAGGCGAGGUCGGGGCGAGUGCACAUCAUGGCGUACAUCAGGGACCCGACCAGCUCAGCGUAAGGACUGGUGGAGGAACCGUGGGAGGCGUGAACGAGAAGACACCUGGCGGUCUUUGUAACUUCUCGAACACGAGCUUCUGCCACGCCAUUCUGCUGAGGGGAGUGAGGGAGGGUGUAAGUGUGGUGAAUACCAUGGGUGGAGAAAUAGGAAGAGAGAUGGUGAUUGAGGAAUUCACCGCCGCCAUCGGAAUGGAAGCGGCGAACGGGACGACCGAAUGAGGGCCUUGAAACAUGUGGUGGUGGCAUGGGUGGUUUGGAGGCAGCGCUUACCCUUGUUGGGGCCGUUGCGGAUGAGAUACU